UAUAGUUUACUAAACAGGCUAUUCUCUGUUUCAGACUCCACUGAUCCCAGUCAGGGUGGGAGCGAGACGGACCAUCUGCUCCCAGGGGCCAAACCAAUGUCUUCUACACACGCGACUCCAUCACAAGCAGGCCACGACCUCUACUACGCCAGCAGGAGCGGUGACCUGGAGGAGGUGAGGCGGAUCCUGGCAGCGGGUCACGCGGACAUCAACAGUAGAGGACGGUGGAGCAGGACACCGGUGAUGGCGGCAGCAGAGUGGGAACACGGGGAAGUGGUGGAGCUGCUUGUGAGUCGAGGUGCUGAUGUGUCACUGGUGGACGAUGACGGUGACAACACCCUUCACUGGGCCUGUAUGGGAGGAGACAGGGAGACAGUGGAGUAUGUCCUGUCUCUGGACGGGAUGGACGUCAACAGUAGAGGAUGGAGGAGCUGGACACCGGUGAUGAGGGCAGCACGUGAAGGACACAGGCAUGUGGUGGAGUUCCUUGUGAGUCGAGGUGCUGAUGUGUCACUGGUGGACGAUGUCGGUAACAACAUCCUUCACUGGGCCUGUAUGGGAGGAGACAGGGAGACAGUGGAGUAUGUCCUGUCUCUGGACGUGGUGGACGUCAACAGUAGAGGAUGGAGGAGCUGGACACCGGUGAUGAGGGCAGCACGUGAAGGACACAGGCAUGUGGUGGAGCUCCUUGUGAGUCGAGGUGCUGAUGUGUCACUGGUGGACGAUGACGGUGACAACAUCCUUCACUGGGCCUGUAUGGGAGGAGACAGGGAGACAGUGGAGUAUGUCCUGUCUCUGGACGUGGUGGACGUCAACAGUAGAGGACUGAGGAGCAGGACACCGGUGAUGAGGGCAGCACGUGAAGGACACAGGCAUGUGGUGGAGCUCCUUGUGAGUCGAGGUGCUGAUGUGUCACUGGUGGACGAUGUCGGUAACAACAUCCUUCACUUUGCCUGUAUGGAAGGAGACAGGAAGACAGUGGAGUUUGUCCUGUCUCUGGACGGGGUGGACGUCAACGCCAGGAACAACUCCGGGCAGACAGCGGCCGACGUGGCGAGAGACUUGGAACAUCGUCAACUGUCGGAUCUCCUGGUGUCACGUGGUGGACACUGAAGUCAGUGUGGUGUUGUUGUAGACAGUCAUGGAGUACAUGUCAUUACUGACACUGACGUGGUGUGUGACGUUCACGUCAUCGUGUUUUAUAUUUCAGCAUUAAGGUGAGGAUGUUUGACGUAUGUUAGGAAAAUAAAACUUGUGAAACAUU